AUGUUAGAAAUCAUUUUAUGCAAGAUUCAAAUUUCAAGUGACUAUUUCUUAACCUUCGAAGCUAAAACUUCAUUGCAUUCUCCAGAGUGUUUUGUAAGAGAUGAAUUCAUACUUGUAUAG